UAUGACGUCAUAGUGGGGAAGAUGGUGGCGUGGAGUGGUCUCCUGCGUUCAACUCUGCUGCCAGUUUUGACUAGAAAUAAAAAUCUGGUGGUAAAUAACAUCGUCCAAAAUGGAACAACUAAGAGACACAUGUCCGGACAUGAACGCACCAUGUCAAUCAUACCAUCUCGCUGGAUGUGGGACAAAACAAAGGAUCUUUUCCACCUUUAUUUCAUGGUUGCUGCAAUUCCCAUCGGUCUUACCAUUUUCUUCACCAGCAUCUUCAUAGGUCCUGCCACACUCACGGAAAUCCCCGAGGGAUAUACUCCCAAGGAAUGGGAAUAUCAUAGGAGUCCAAUCACCAGAUUCCUCCAACGCUACAUCAUGACAACAGAUCAAAUGGAGUACGAGAAGUACUGUCACUUCAUUUGGACGGAGCAAGAAGUCAUGAAAUGUCGUGCACUUGAGAACAAAGUAAAAGCUCUGAUUGCCGAGCGCAAGGACUACCAGGCUUACUAUUAUUAUCCUUACACAAGUGCUGAUUACAUGCGCAGAAUGGCCCAGAGGGAGAAAGAUCAGAGAGAACUCUACUCUGGUGAUUAAAUCCCAGUGAACCACAAUCCCGUUACUUAUCAUCAAAAUCGAGUUAACAUUAUUGAAUCAACGAAAUCCUUGAGAUUGGUUUGGAAUAAAGUUUAUCGGGAAAAAUUCGUUUGCUGAAUAGUACAGAAUAUUAAUUGUACAGUUAUUGAAAUAAAUCAUUGAUAUUAAAAAAAUAA